GUCAAGACGGAGCCAUAUGAGGUGAACCUGCUUCGCUGACGGUCACAUUGUGGUGGUCAGCUAACGGAGGCAUAUUAUACUAGGAUGAUAUCAGCUAGCUUGCUGGCUAGUUAGCUAACAUAGUUUGUCACCGCAGCCUUAACACGAUUUAGCUAGCUAGCUAGCAGGCUGUCUGGUUAGGGGCCGGUGUGGCUGGUGGAAGAAGGGAUGCAUUUAUUGUCUUCCAUCAUGUCGAAGUCGUUCUGUUAUUUUUAGGUAGCACUGCAGGCUAGCGCGGCUAAUAGCGGCAAGAAACCCGUGACUAAUCGAGUCUGUUUGAAAAAUAAUACAAAUGGAGCAGUGGCAGGACGAGGCAUCUCAACAGGUCAAGCUGCUUACAAGUCGUCUGAAUGAACUGUUGUCCAAAGGUCUAGGGCUGCUGCGCUCUGAGCUCGGCGUGGAUUUGGGACUGAAGCCUGAGCUUAUUCCGCCAUGGGUGAUCCUCUUAGCGGCAUGUACCGGGCUGGUGCUGAUGGUCGCUCUGUGGGCCUCAACCUGCCGGUCUCUCUUCAAGAAACGACCCGAAGUGAGCCCUGUAGACGACGACGACAUUGAAAUAAAGCGUGGUGUCAGUAAACCUGUCAAAUCUGAAGAACCGAAGAAAAAGAAAAAGAAGGCAGAGAAGAAAACCCAGCCUAAUGGGAGAGCUGUUGCUGAACCACAGGAAGAAGCCAUGGUGUCGGAAGAGAUAGUGCCACAUCAUCAGCCACCCCCGCCAGAAGUCAAGGCUGGAAAGGUUGCAGAGUUAAAGAAGUCCAAGAAGAAGGCCAAACAGGCUGUAAAGGAGACCAAGACCGUGGCUGCAGAUGGCAAAGAACCAGAAGGCACAUGGGAGACCAAGGUCAGCAACAAGGAGAAGCGUGAGCAACGCAAGAAAGAUAAGAGUUCCAGUGAUGGCUCAUCCAGUCCUGGGGGAGGGGACACACCUGUAAGCACUCCCCCAGAGCAGCCCAAGGCCUCCGCAGCCCUCACUUCUGCCAGCCAGAAGAAGAAAAAAGGAGAAUCCACAAAGGUGAAGGUAGAGAAGGUUGAGGCUGUUGUACCUGUAGUUAACAGCAGUGAGGUGGUGGUAGUGGUGGCUGCUGCUGUGACUGACAUAGCUGUAAAGGUUCCUGCUCCAACCGUUUCUCCGAAGGCGGGCCCCUGGACAACCAGCAGAGAGUCAGUGUCACUGUGGAGAGCGGAGCUUGAUGAUUCUUGGACUGUGAUUGACAGGGGGAUGCCCACAUCAGAGCAUAGUCUGGUGUCUUUAACCGGACUAGGUGUUGGUGCUGCUGAGCCCCAGCCUGUAAAAGAGCUGGCCUGGCUCAGUCAGCCCAGAGUGGACGAUGAGUGGUCCGGACUCAAUGGUGGUUCAGUGGACCCUAGCUCUGACUGGAACGCCCCUUCUGAAGUUUGGGGCAACUAUGAAGAGCCCACUCCUGAGCCCCCUCUCGCUCUGGAGCAGCCCCUGCCUGAGCCCGCCAAGGUCAACCUGUUGAUUGGAGCGGCUGACGAUGAUGAUGAAGAGGAGAAGGACAAGGGAGAGACAGCUGCUGAUGGAGCUGCUAAAACGAAAAAGAAGAAGAAGAAGAAGAAGAAGGCUGCUGAGGAGGGAGGAACGGCUGGCCAGGCCGAGGAGCCAGAGAAGGAGGUGACACCUGCAGCCUCUGUGAAGAAGCAGGAGAAUGCUGCUGCCGUCCAGCCUGUCAAAGCAGCUGCUGUCGAGGCGAGAGUGGUGCAACCAGUGAAGGACAACAUAUCCCAGAAACCCCCUGUCACACAAGUGCCACAGAAGCCAACUGAUGAAGAACCCCCUGCCAAGCAGAGCAACCUUUCUGCUCCAACACAACAAAAAAAACCUGAGGAGAGCCAAGCGCCCAAGGCGGCGAAGAAGAAGAAGGCGAGGAGAGAGACAUGAGAUUGAGUCCGCUCUGCAGACCUCUGUAUGCAAAAGACUUCAUAUCCUGUUUAUGCAACACCAUUUGUGACGAGAACACUAGCAGAACUAAGGUCUUCAUGAUGGGCUUAAACCUUAAAGGCAGUCUGGAAAAUGAAACGACUUUUAUACACGUUGAGUGUCAGCCGAUGGAUUGUUAAAAACUGAACCUAAUGCGGUGUUAAUGAUUUUUAAGUAUGCAUUUGAUACUCUUGAUUCUGUCUUCUAAUUCCACUUAAUCAAAUAACUGAUUGAAAGAGCUGUAUCGUAGUAAUUAGAUGUAGAUAAUACUGAUCAUGUUUAGAAAUUUGAUGUUGUGGCUAACAACUGGAGUUUACUGUGUAGGGAAUGGAAACGGUCAACAUGCUUCAGGUCACUCAACACUGGUCCAUAAUGUUGAACUGGCCUUUGCUUUUGCAGUCUUUUAUUUUGCUCUUACAUGUGUGCGUCAUGACGGUACAGUGAGCGCCGUUGGCUGUGAUCAAAUGUUAAUUCCACGUCAACAGCUCAACAGGGUGUAAACAUUCGUGACAUAAAUGAGCAUCGUUGGGUGCAGAAAAAGGAAUCAUGCCCGCUCUGUAUUCUGCAUUCUUAUCUGUGACUACAACAUUUCACUCGGUCUCUGGUUCGUCCCUUGUCUGAUGUUGUGCUGCUGUGUUUGAGACAACCGUUACCCUGCUGUUUUACUAUCUGUGGCUUUGUGGCCAGAGCCGUGUGGGAGCCUCUGAUCGUAGAUGUACUGUUGCAGUGUCAUCAGCCUCUUCAUGAUUUUCCACCUGUGGUUGAUUCGAAAGUCUUCAGAACCUUUUGUAAAACAUGUUUGUAAUAAAAGAAAAGCUAAAGCCAUAUGUAAAAAGACUAAAUAAAGGCCGGUUUUUCUAUAU